AAGAAUUUAAAUCACAGUGAGUUUUAGGAAACUAGCUUUUGACAAGCUUUUAUUUGCAGACAAUGACAAUCACAAUGCGGCAAAAGGGUCAUCUGCAUGAUGCAGGUCAUUCAAAACGGAUGUAGUUAUACAAUUAUAGAAUUACAAUUACUCUACGUGGCAUCAAUGAGUAACACCUCUCGACGUUCGUGACUCUUGAAAAUUGAAUAACACUAAACUCUUCGUAGUUAUCACACUCUGCAACGAUGCUUUUGAUGCUUCUUCUCCUAACGGUGAGAACAACGUACGCGGCCGGUGAUUGCCCAGAUAAUUAUUACUGGAAUGGAACACAAUGCAGCGCAUGCUCAGGCUGCCCCGUUGGGUUUGGUUUGAGGGAACCUUGCUCAAAAACCAAAAACACCGAAUGUCAAGAAUGCUAUCCUGGCUAUGAUUACUCGAACAGCACAGGAAUGGAGGAGUGCAUAAAGUGUGAUACAUACUCCAACUGUUUACCCGGACGAUCUAAAAAGAUAACAAAUUGUACGAUAUAUUCUGGACACACUUGCGACGGAUGUGAAGAAGGAUACUAUCACCACCGAGGCGUUGGCUGUGAUAAGUGUUCACCUAAAUGUGAUGCUAUGACUGAGGACGAAAUACAGGCAUGCACAACUAGGCAUGACCGCCGUUGUGUACCAAAACGAGAGUUGCCCAAAACUCCUCCUGUCUUUAGUAAUGGGAAUAAGGUCGGGUGUGAAGAAGGAUACUAUUACCGCCAAGACGUUGGCUGUGAGAAGUGUUCACCUAAAUGUAAUGCUACGACUGAAGACGAAAUACAGGCAUGCACAACUAAUCAUAACCGCCAUUGUGCACCAAAACGAGAGCUGUCUAAAACUCCUCCUGUCUUCAGUAAUGACUCAAAAGUUAGAGGUAAUUCUAGCAGAACUGCCAAUGAGGAAAAAAGCAAGAUACCACAAAUUGAUCCUGGGUCGGUAGAAUCUAAAACAGCUUGGCCACGAGAGGAAAAUUCAAUCGUUACCAAUCUGUGGUUUUGGUUUCCACUCACGGUGAUCGCACUAUUACUAGUCACAGUCCCGAUAAGGCGUUAUAAGAGAAGAAGUCGAGUAAAUCGUCCACCUCAACCAGAGGGCGAUGUCGAUACAGAUAACACAGAGGAGAACAUCGUAUUGCGCGAGCAAAAGACUCCAUUGAUAUCUGAAGGUGGUUUGGAUGCUCAUGACACGAGGGAAACUGUCUCUUCAGCUGAGCCACGAGUUCCUUUAAGGCUAAGGCAUGAGUUAGAGAUAAAUUCAGGCAGGGUGGAUUUAGAAGCUCCAAAACCUUCUUCAGAAGAAGUCAGCAGACAAGGCUUAGAUCGUCCGAUCAAAGAUUUAGCGAUUAAAGAAAAGAAGCAAAUCAAGAAUGACCUGAGUGGCAAAGAUAUUGAAGGUUAUUUUUACUGGCAAAGUGUUGCGGAAGAACUUGGUUUCAAAGAUGAGUCCAGAGGAUGGGAAGGUGCGCAAAAUCCAAUUGAAAACCUUCUCAAGGCAUUUGGCGAAAAAGAAGGGAGCACCAUCAGAGGAUUGAUAGAAGCUACCAGGAGAGCUGGGCUGACGCACUGUGCUAGUCAAUGGGAACGUAAAUUUGAUACGACUCCAAGAAAAGAUACAACUGAUUCUGCCCAUACAGCUCUGCUACUGAAUGAAAUGAAUGAUAAUUCCACUUCUGUUGACAUACCUCCAGAUCCGGGUAAAGGGAAUGGUGCAACUGAAUCGGUUUAUAAAACACCAGGUAAAGGUGAAAUAAAUGAUAAGGCUGAUUCUGUUAUUAAUAUACCCGAGAACACGGUAGAAGAAACUGAUGCAAAUUAUAUUGCUGAUACAGCUGUAUGAACGGCACACCUGCAUAAAUGAGUAAUUUUGUGUUGGACACAUACCCAUAGCCGUGUUUUAUUAGUUAUUUUCUAAUCAGAAACUGAGUUCCACGUUGCCAGGUGUCUGUUCUGUUGGUAACAGAUCACGCUUUAGGUCAAAAUGCUGUAACAACCAAAAUAGAAGACAAAUUGCUCGAAGACCACAAAGGUAUCUAUUUUAUAAUAGCAUUCCGAGUUAAAUACUCCUCCAUGACUGGCUGUUACCGACCGUACAGACACGCGGCAGAAGUCAUAGAAAUAUUGUGUACUUUGUUUUGUCCGUAUUGGAGUUCUGUUUUCAUUUAUUUAUUUUUUUUUUUUAUGAUUAAUUGUUUUGAUUAUUGCGAAAGUCAGUCUCAGCAAUGAGCGGGCGAAGGCUUCUAAAAAGUUAAGCAAAAUAAAUUUACUUCCUUGAGAAUAGUGUCGAACCGCAGCAUGGCUUUAUUGCCCCAGAGAGGAAGA